ACGGCAAGCGAAAGAGGUAUUGAGAGGCGGGGGCUGGCACGCGUUUCUGACUGUUGGACAAAGUGCCGACAAUAAAGGAUGAGGCGAGUACAUGCAUGGAGCUACUAUGGUUUCAAUUCAUUUUGAGAAGCACUAGCAAGCCAAACAGCUGGAUACAAGGGACACGAGAGUACUAUAUACGCGCUAUGUAUAUUGUUUGAAAUAUUGCCGUGAAGUUGCAGCAGAAUUCUGUCAAUUUCUAGCCGUUGAGCAAGUCACUCAUUGUCAUCCAUAGAGGAAAUCUAAGCUAUCACUGAGACCCAAUAAUGGCGUCGGUACGGUUCACGGUGACGCCCACCAAGGCCGAGGACCUCCCGGGACUGUCGGACACCUCGCCGGACAUCAGUUCCCGGUCCAGCGGCCGCGGCCACGUACGUUUUGGCUCGCGGGAGAGUGUGAACCGCAGUGAACCGCUAAGCGAGGGGUCGGGAGGGCUCACCACAACUGGUGAAAACGAGACGCCUGACAGGACCAACACAGAGCAAGUAGGAGAUGGCAAUUCCAAAAUGUCCAAUGUCUACAUCAACAACAGUCAUGGGGUGGACGAUGAUGACUUCUACGACCGAAACUUGGCUCUCUUUGAGGAGGAGAUGGACACUAGGCCGAAGGUAUCUUCUCUCCUCAACCGUCUGGCCAACUACACCAACCUGACCCAGGGGGCCAGGGAGCACGAGGAGGCAGAGAGCAUAGGAGAGAAGAGAAAGGCCCACAAGUCUCCCCAGAUGGGUACGUUCAUGGGAGUGUACCUGCCAUGCCUGCAGAACAUCUUCGGGGUGAUCUUGUUCCUGCGUCUCACCUGGGUGGUGGGAACUGCCGGUGUGCUGCAGGCUCUCUGCAUCGUCUUCAUAUGCUGCUGCUGUACUUUACUGACUGCUAUCUCAAUGAGUGCCAUCGCCACCAAUGGAGUUGUACCAGCUGGUGGUUCCUACUUCAUGAUCAGUCGUUCUCUGGGGCCAGAGUUUGGGGGGGCGGUGGGGCUGUGCUUCUACCUGGGCACCACAUUCGCCGGGGCCAUGUACAUCCUGGGAGCCAUCGAGAUCCUGCUGAUGUACAUUGCCCCGUGGGCGGCCAUCUUUGUCUCCAGCAGUCUGGACGGUGAGGGAGCAGCCAUGUUGAACAACAUGAGGGUCUACGGAUCAAUCUUCCUCCUCCUCAUGGCGUUACUGGUCUUUGUCGGUGUCAAAUAUGUCAACAAGCUGGCAUCCGUCUUCCUGGCCUGUGUCAUCAUCUCCAUCCUGUCCAUCUACACCGGGGCGCUGGUCUCCGCCUUCAGCCCGCCCACUUUCCCGGUGUGUAUGCUGGGUAACCGUACCCUGUCAGGACACAUCCUCCAUGAUAGUCCCUGUGCCAAGACCACCCUGCCCAAAGAACCACCCAGACCUGUGGAUACCAACCUCACACUCGCUGGAAAUGGCACGGUGCCGUCAACCUUUGAUCCCUCCCUGCCCUCCUCUGAGGCGACCACGGCCCUGUGGCUGCAGUUCUGUGAAGGCCCAGACCUCAACGCUUCCUGUGACUACUACUUUAACCUCAGCAACAUCUCUGAGAUACCUGGCAUACCAGGCCUGUCCAGUGGAGUUAUCACAGAGAACAUAUGGAGUGUUUACCUCAGUAAAGGGGACGUCCUGGAGAAAGGGUCACUCCCCUCGCCCAGACCUGUCCACCCACCCACCAAUCGGCUGCCCUAUGUCUUCGCUGACAUCACCACCUCCUUCACGCUAUUGGUGGGAAUCUUCUUCCCCUCAGUCACAGGUAUAAUGGCUGGUUCUAACCGGUCUGGGGACCUGAAAGACGCUCAGCGCUCCAUCCCCAUAGGAACCAUUAUGGCCAUCCUCACUACCUCCCUCGUCUACCUGAGCAGUGUGGUGCUGUUUGGAGCCUGCAUCGAAGGAGUGGUGCUCAGAGACAAGUUUGGAGACUCUGUAAAGGGAAACCUGGUAGUGGGCACCUUGUCUUGGCCCUCCCCCUGGGUCAUUGUGAUUGGCUCCUUCUUUUCGACGUGCGGCGCUGGCCUCCAGUCACUGACGGGCGCUCCCCGCCUCCUCCAGGCCAUCGCCAAGGACAACAUCAUCCCUUUCCUCAGGGUGUUUGGUCAUGGCAAGGCUAAUGGAGAGCCUACCUGGGCUCUGCUUCUGACAGCUCUGAUAGCUGAGCUGGGAAUCCUCAUUGCUUCUCUGGACCUGGUUGCACCCAUCCUCUCCAUGUUCUUCUUGAUGUGCUAUCUGUUUGUGAACCUGGCCUGUGCUCUGCAGACGCUGCUGAGAACUCCCAACUGGAGACCACGCUUCUCCUACUACCACUGGACCUUGUCAUUUUUGGGUAUGAUCAUCUGCUUGGCGCUGAUGUUCAUAUCGUCAUGGUACUAUGCUAUUGUUGCUAUAGUGAUUGCUGGCAUGAUCUACAAAUACAUCGAGUACCACGGGGCAGAGAAGGAGUGGGGAGAUGGUAUCCGGGGUCUGUCCCUCAGCGCUGCUCGCUACGCCCUCUUGAGGUUGGAAGAGGGACCACCACACACCAAGAACUGGAGACCCCAGCUCUUAGUUCUAUUGAAGUUAGAUGAGGAUGCCUAUGUCAAGUCUCCCCGCCUGCUAACCUUUGCAUCUCAGCUGAAGGCAGGUAAAGGUCUGACCAUUGUAGGGACCGUCAUCACUGGAAACUACCUCCACAGCUACGGAGAGGCACUGGCUGCAGAACAGACUCUGAAGCACCAGAUGGACAAGGAGAAGGUGAAAGGGUUCUGUCAGUGUAUUGUGGCUAACAAGGCCAGGGAGGGCAUCAGUCACAUGAUCCAGUCCAGUGGGUUAGGAGGGAUGAGGCACAACACUGUGGUUAUGGGCUGGCCCCUGGCCUGGAGGCAGAGUGAGGAUCCACAGUCCUGGAAGACCUUUAUCAACACCGUGCGUGUGACGACAGCGGCCCACCUGGCCCUACUUGUGCCCAAGAACAUCUCUCUGUUCCCCGGCAACAGCGAGCCGUGCGCGGAGGGAUACAUUGACGUGUGGUGGAUCGUCCACGACGGGGGCAUGCUCAUGCUACUGCCCUUCCUGCUGAGGCAACACAAGGUGUGGCGUAAGUGUGCGAUGCGUAUCUUCACAGUGGCUCAGAUGGAGGAUAACUCUAUUCAGAUGAAGAAGGACCUGGCUACGUUCCUCUACCACCUCCGCAUAGAGGCUGAUGUUGAAGUGGUGGAGAUGCAUAACAGUGACAUCUCAGCCUACACCUAUGAGAGGACUCUGAUGAUGGAGCAGAGAUCUCAGAUGCUCAGACAGAUGAGGCUGUCCAAGUCUGACCGAGAGAAAGAGGUGCGGAGGCCUCAACAAGCCCAGUUGGUAAAGGAUCGUAACUCCAUGCUUCGGCUAACCAGCAUUGGUUCUGACGACGAUGAAGACACCGACGGGGGUGGAGGGCCCACAGGAAAUGCCGAAAAGGGAGGAGGAGCAGCCGGAGGAAGGGAAAGGGAUGGAGGGAUGUCAGCCUCGGAGAACAGACGAGUCCACAUGACCUGGACUAAGGAGAAAGCCCUGCAGUACAGAGCUACACACUCCGGCUGUAGUACGCCAGAGGGCUUCAGAGAUAUGCUCAGUAUCAGGCCGGACCACUCCAACGUGCGGCGGAUGCACACGGCUGUCAAGCUCAACGAGGUUAUCGUCAACAAAUCCCAUGAUGCUCGGCUGGUCCUGCUCAACAUGCCGGGACCGCCACGGAACCCAGCCGGAGACGAAAACUAUAUGGAAUUUCUGGAAGUUCUAACUGAGGGAUUGGAACGCGUCCUAUUGGUCAGGGGUGGAGGAAGUGAAGUCAUCACCAUCUACUCCUGAUUUGCUCACACAAACCAGCUAUGUCAGAGCAGCCAAUCACGUGGAAGAGAAUGCUAAGGGAGGUGGGGCUAAGGAGCCCUGGAGGUGUGGCCCCUCUGUCAGACAGCGCAAAGAUGGACUGUCAUUGGCUUCAGCUUGGAUAAACUCCUCCCAUCUCUCCGCUGUCAGUCAUUAUUCCUAGGCUUCCCCAUUCCACUAAAGACAAGCUACAAAAAGCCAACACGAUUCCUCAAGUGAACAUUGAGCGAGAGUUCUCAUAAUGUGUGUCUGUGUGUGUCUAAGUGUAUGAGAGAUAUUCAUCUCAACAUAUAAUACAAAAAGGACCAGCCCACGUGACUAGACCAGCACAACUCCUGGUCCUGAUUAUAGCUGAUAACUAGGGCCCUGAGUUUUCCCCCUGAUCAGGUCACAUGGUCAGGAAAAACUCCUGGCCUUCCACAUAAUGCACAAUAAUAUACAGCAGUUGGAUCAGGGACCAGUGUUUAUGUCCCAAAUGGCACCAUGUUCCCCAUAGUGCACUACUUUUGCACUAAAUAGGGAAUACGGUGUGAUUUUAGACUUACAAUGUGUAGUAUGAGCGUGUGUGGACCAAUGGAUGAUAGUCAUAAUCUAGUAGACAGACAGACCAUAUAGAAUCUAGAACAUCGAUCUAGAACAUCAUUAUAAAAUCGAGAUCAUUCUAGAAGAUCUAUAUAGAAUCUAGAAAAUCGAUAUAGAAUCUCGAACAUUGUAGAACAUCUAGAUAGAAUCUAGCACGUCCUAGAACAUCUACAUAGAAUCUAGAACACCGUGAAACAGUGAGUGUUCCACUGAGUGACUCAGGGGUUAGUUAUAGUAAACGACGACAGGCGCUCUCUUCCAAAAUCCACUUGUCUAGCAUGCUAGAGUGAAGCCAUGCAUUCUACAUAGUAUGGAUUAUUGGAACGCAGAUGAGUGGAUUGUGUGGUACGAGUGUGAGAAAAUGUGUACGUUGUAUGUAAUGUAUGUAUGUAUGUAUGUAUGUACAUUGUGUAGGCUAGAGCUAGACAGAGAAUGGACUUGGGUUCAUAUACUAUUUGAAAUCAUUUUCAAUACUUGAGCUAUGCUUGAUGGAACCAACAGAAUAGUGCCAAAACAUGCAAACCCAACGUUUGGUAUUGGUGUCUCCAACCAGGCAAACUAAAGCAGACAGACGCUCAAGAAGAAACAUUUUAAAUAGUACCCAGGUUUUGUGAUGAUAAGUUAUAAUAGCCUCCUGGUCUCUGAUCUGUAUUUGGGUCAUUAUCAUUAAACCAGUUUUAAAAUGUCUGUACCAAAUUGAAUUACAAAACCAUGAUGCAUCUUCAAAAAUCAACUGUCAUUCUGAGGAAUAAGAUGUCUAGUUUUGGGGAAAGUGUCAUUACCGAAAUGAGUCUGGAUUAAAUUCUCUGGUCUAUUAAAAAAUAAUCUUUACAAAAAUGUAACCUAUUUGAAUAAAACAACAAAUAUGUUACUGUAGUUUGUCCAUAAAUCAUAGACAUUGUAUACUAGUUGGAGUUUACAUUAAAGUAUAAUAUUUAUUAAGUACAAA